AGAUCGGGUGCUCUAGCGCUGCUCGAGACGCGCGAGGAGGAGGCCGUCGCGCCGUGGUCGGUGUCUCGCGGAAGGACGCGAGGGUCUGUUUCAAUUCGCGAUCCAUGUUCUCUCAUUUAAAUGAUCGCGUCCGACAACAUGAGCCUGUUCUGCCCCGCGUCCGCACACAUCGCCUCCCUCGCUGCCACCGCCGACGUCUUUACGACACACGAACGGCGCUCCUCCAAUCACCAACGACACUUGAUGUUUUGAUACGCAGGGCGCUCAGACCCUCCUCAAAAGUCUCCAUUGCACUAUCCCUCUGAACCGUGUCCCUCCCCGACAUUGCUCUCUCCUAUCUCCAUGAAGACCGUAACGCCCCUCCAGCGCGGCAUGGCCUGUCUGUGCUGCCGCAAACGAAAGAUGAAAUGUGACGGACUGCGGCCUGUCUGCACGCAAUGUCUCAAGACUAAUCGCGGUGCCGAAUGUCAAUACCACGAGAAGAAACAUGUCAGCCGCACCCAGCUCCUCCAGCAGAAGGUCGCGAAGCUCGAGGCGCGUCUGCGCGAACUCGAGUCCGAGCAGGCAGAGUCGUCCGCAAGUGGCUCGAGCUUGUCCCCAUCGCCCUCGCCGCCAUCGAACGACACAAUCGAGCUCACAGAUCCUCUAUCGGGUGCUGUGGAUGCAUCGCUCGACUGGGAUCAGGAUUUCUCCAACAUCAACUUGACGCAGACCAUCCCAACCUCACCGACAAAUACUCUAUUCCCUGGCGAAUUACCCUGGCCCACUAAUGCCAUCAAAGUAACUGAUGAGCUGACUAUCGCGGGUUGGUCUGCAACGAGUUCUUCUGGCUCAAAAUGGUGGGAGGAUCGAUCGACCUUCUGCAAAAAUAAGCAGCAGCUCCUCGAGAUAUUCUUUUCGCAUCGGCACCAAUGCGCAUUCGACUGCCACCUUGCUAGGUUCCGUGCAUCCCUCCACUUCGCCCCACCGCACCAACCUCACCCCGCACUGAUGGACGCGAUUUACCUCAUGGCCUGCUACUUCUCACGUUUACCGCACCUCAGCGAGCUCGAAGCCUACUUUCUAAAACGUGCGCUGGCCGGGAUUUCCGAAGCGCUGCAUCAGCAGGACAGAAUGGUUCAAGUGCUCCAGGCUUCGUCACUGAUCGCCGUGUACUUCUUCUGUCAAGGGCGCGUCCUCGAGGGCUACUACCACUCGUCGACGAGCGCGCGACUCGCGAUAGACGUCGGCCUCCACCAGAUUCGCCCCACGACUGAGUGGUCGGACAUCCAGUCAGGCCUCGGCGGCGCAGGCAUGUCCGCGUUCCCGACCGACGCGACGUUCCCGCUGCCCCCAGUGAAGGACCCGGUCGAGCACGCGGAGCGCGUCGCAGCGUUCUGGCAGAUAUUCAUCGUCGAUCGCGCGUGGUCUGUCGCGACCGGUCUUCCGUCGGCACUCCCGGAUGAUGACCACCCGCGGACGCAGAUUGCGACGUCCUGGCCAAUGGGCAUCCUCGAUAUGUCGAUGAGCCCCGAGGCGAAUAUCAACCUUCCAGCGCUCGUCGGCUCCUCAAUGUCGGGAGGCAGCAGCGGCGCGAGUUCCAACGUGACCCUUCGAGCCAAGGCGGUGAUGCUAUUCGAACGUACCGCGCGCUUCGCAUCGUCUUCGAGGAGCGAGUCGGAUUGGGCAGGGCAGCGGUCGCUCGAGAUGUCCCUCGCGCAGUUCUCCGCCAAUCUGCCUGGGAUCAGCCGGCAUACGAACCAAUUCGCGCCGACGCGUGCGGACGUGGACUUGGUCACGAUCCACACUCUUAUCUACACCGCUACGAUCCACCUCCACCGGGACCACAUUGAGGCGCAAACGCAGUCGUUCGAGAAGUGCCUGUACGCGGCGAGCUCGGUCGCGGCGUUGGUGCGUGAAUUGAACGAGGACGAUUACGCCUUCCUCGACCCAAUCAACAGCACGUGUUGGCGCUCUGUAGCGGAUGUCUACGCGCGCAUACUUAACGGCACGCAGAUCGAGCUGCUGCAAUACGACUCAAUGGCGAUUACGAACGAACUCGACGUUCUUCUCGCGGCCAUGCGCCGUCUGGCGCUCUUCUUCCCCGUAGCCGCCCUGCCAUGACCCACCUCUGCCUCAUGAAUGGACAGCCCAUGCGAUUUUCGCUUGUAGACGUACUAAUAGAAGACUUCUAUUGCUAAUAUCAUCUCAGGUCUGGGCGCGCUACUUAGGUCAUGUAAUUCCAUCUCGUUAUUUCCGGGUUCUGUGAGUCUAUACUGUUCUGUUCUGCUAUUCCUGCAUGUCCGCAUCUGUGCUAUGUAUAAUCAAUAUGCUCGCUCACGACGCGACCACCACACUGUAUCACAUACUUCAGCAUACACUGUAAUACCUGCUGCAAUCCAUUCGCGACCCCUGCAUUGCUAUGCCAUAGAUUCAAAGAUGGCCCGAUGUCGACUUCGCGAGGCCGUGCUCCGGAUCCUCGCAGGAGCGUCGUCUGAUAAUUGUGAAACCACU